UAUUCUGAGGAAAAUACUAAGAAAAGGGGUUAGCCUAUAGCUGAGUGAUAGCAGAACAUCUCUGCCAGUCCAGGGAAAUCUGGAUAUGAAAUCCUGAUACACUGAACUCUUAGUAAGGCUAUGUGUGUGAGCACACACGCACGUGCUCUUCUCACAGGACUGAGGUGUGGACUCCGUGCAGUUGAUUUGGAAAGCAAGCAACCUGCGGUGGAAUCUGGGUGCUUCUCCAGAAUUAUUAGCUGGAGAAAUUCAAGAGUGGGUGGCCAUCCAUGGCAGGUCUCCCUAAAGUUAGGUGAGCACCACUUGUGUGGAGGAAGUUUGAUUCAAGAUGAUCAGGUGGUUACGGCAGCACACUGCCUGGCUAGCCUCAGUGAGAAGCAACUUAAGAGUCUAACUGUGACUUCUGGAGAGUACAGCCUGCUUCAGAAGGAUAAUCAAGAACAGAAUAUUCCUGUCUCAAAAAUUAUUAUCCAUCCUGAAUACAACAGGCUUGGAUAUAUGAGUGCUGAUAUUGCACUGCUGUAUCUAAAACACAAAGUGAAGUUUGGAACUGCUGUUAAACCAAUCUGUCUUCCCAACAGAGAUGAUAAACUUAAAGCAGGGAUUCUUUGCAUGGCCAGUGGAUGGGGCAAGAUUUCAGAGACAUCAGAAUAUUCAAAUGUCCUACAAGAAGUGGAACUUCCCGUCAUGGAUGACAGAACGUGUAAUACUAUGCUCAAGAGUAUGAACCUCCCUCCUCUGGAAAGGACCAUGAUGUGUGCUGGUUUUCCUGGUGGGGGAAUGGCUGCCUGCCAGCGGGACUCUGGAGGACCCCUGGUGUGUAGAAGAGGUGGUGGAAUCUGGACUCUUGCUGGGAUAACUUCCUGGGUAGCUGGUUGUGCCAGAGGUUCAGCUCCUCUAAGAAAUCACCAUAGGAAGGUGUCACUUGGCGUUUUCUCCAACGUGUUGGAGUUGAUGGAUUUUAUCACUCAAAACAUGACCACAGAUUUGGCUCGGGGAAAACCCUUCUCAAGAAUGAGUCGAAGGAGCAUGACAAAGGGCCUGAGUUCUGUCCGAGGCAUGCGUGGAAGCCGGAGAGGAAAGGGUAUGUGUGGUCCUGCUUAUCUAGGUGGGAAGCUGACUUGGGAGCCGUCAUCAAGAGAAGAUAAGGUCUGUGGAGAUACACUGCCCUCACCAUUGCUGACAGAGACCAGUGAAGCCACAGGUUCAGGUUAUUGGAGCGUGGCUGUCUUGGCAGAAGAAGGGACAAUUCACUCUGCCAAUUGUCCUGACCCGCAUCCCAGCAGUGUACAGUGUCAUCGGUUCAUUCUUUCUCCAGGGAAACACAUUAUAAAGUUGACAUUUGAGGACUUCACUGUUGAAUUUAACCAAAACUGUGUUUAUGAUGCUGUUGUGAUUUAUGAUGAUUCCAAAGAAGAGCACGAGUUAGCUAAACUUUGUGGAAUCUUUAACAUCACUCUGAUAUUCAGUCCUAGUAACGUGAUAGUGAUACAUUUUUAAAAUGAUGGUGAAAAUAAUAGAGGCUUCAAACCUAGAAUCACUGUUUUGCCCUCAGACACUUCCAAUAAAACUGAACCAACAUCACCUCCCCAAACCAAUCCUGUAUCUGCUGCAGAAGCUAUUCCAUAUGGUGUUUGUGGCAUUCCUCCAUUUAGCCCCCAGUGGCUUUCCAGAAGAAUCGCAGGAGGGGAAGAAGCCUGCCCCCACUGUUGGCCAUGGCAGGUGGGUCUAAGGUUUCUAGGAGAUCACCAGUGUGGAGGUGCCAUCAUCAGCCCAACUUGGAUUCUGACUGCAGCCCACUGUGUGCAAUCGAAAAAUAAUCCACUCUCUUGGACUAUUAUUGCUGGGGACCAUGAUAGAACCCUGAAGGAAUCAACUGAGCAGGCGAAAAGGGUCAGACGCAUAGUGGUGCAUGAAGACUUUAAUAUUCUCAGCUAUGACUCUGAUAUCGCCCUCAUACAGCUGAGCUCUCCACUGGAGUACAACUCAGUGGUGAGGCCGGUGUGUCUCCCACAUGGCCCAGAGCCUCUGUUUUCCUUGGAGAUCUGUGCCGUGACCGGAUGGGGAAGCAUCAGUAAAGAUGGCGGCCUGGCACGUCGCUUACAGCAAAUUCAAGUGUCUGUGUUAGGAAGAGAGGUCUGUGAACGCACUUACUAUUCCGCUCACCCGGGAGGGAUCACAGAGAAGAUGAUCUGUGCUGGUUUCGCUGCAUCUGGAGGGAAAGAUUUCUGCCAGGGAGACUCUGGUGGUCCAUUGGUAUGUAGACAGGGAAACGGUCCCUUUGUCCUGUAUGGCAUUGUCAGCUGGGGAGCUGGCUGUGUCCCGCCGUGGAAGCCAGGUGUAUUUGCCAAGGUGAGGGUCUUCUUGGACUGGAUCCAAUCCAAAAUCAAAGGUCCUGCUUCACUUCAGACAAAAAAGAAAAGCAAAACCUUAGAACAACAAUCGCCACCACUCACACCUUCAACAGACUGUGCAUCUGGGCCAGGCCGUUGCUCUGAAGUGGAGCUAGAGGAGCCCAGAGGCUUUUCUUCAACUCCAAGAUAUCCACUGGAUUACAGAGGAAAACUGGAAUAUCCUUGGGUGCUCAGAGUUUCACCAAACAGGAUGGCAAAAUUUACCAUUGAGUGUCUAUCACUUCCCAGGUCUCAGGUGUGUGGAGACUCAGUUCUGACCAUUUAUGAAGAAAGCCACAGUGGGAGAAGGAUGGCAGGUAAAUUAUGUGGGAGAAGGGUUUACCAGAUGAUUUUCAUGAGCUCUGGACCACUGGUGAGGGUGACAUUUCGUUCCCUUGUACAAAAUGCUUUUGGCAUAAGCUAUAUUGUCUUCAAAGUCCAAGGUUCAAAGGACAGUAAAAUAACCAGAACUUCCCAGAAUUCAAACCAAGAGCAUGUGGUCACUUUUGAGGAUGCUCUUCUGACCAAGCCAGCCAGAGUCAUACAGACCCCAAGAUACUCUUGUGGAGCUACUGUAAAUUGCCAACAGGGGUUAGUAGCCCCUUUAAAUCACAUCAUUCCCUUUGUUACCAACUUCCAGAUGAAGCUAAGAACCUUAGCCUGUCACAGUCACCUGUGGGUUUGUGAAGGAUUUGGACCAAACAAAAAUAGAUCAUCUUAGACCAUUGGCUGGGAAUCCUGCAAAUUACACUGACAAAAGACAGAUUAAAAACAGAAAAACAAGUUUAUUAACACAUGCAUCUUGAUCAUGUAUCUAUAUGGAAAUACUCAGUGGUGAGUAACUCAGAGGUGAUUAGAAUUUGGGCUUAUAUAACAUCUUAACAAAAGAACAAUAAAUUUGUAGAGAAGUGAUGAGAUAAGGAAAAAGGAUUUGAGCUGCUAGGGGUGAAAAAUUGUGGGAAGGCAAAUUUA